AUGGUUGCCGAGAUGGACGCGGCGAAGCAGCGGAUCGCGGAGCUUGAGGGUGAACUCACUGAGGCGCGGGAUAAGGUAAAAAAUGCUCGGGACUCUGAGAAGGAUGCUGCAGAGUCUGCCACAUCAUGGAAGGAGAAGGCAGACUACUUGGAGGAGCGUCUUCCCGUGGAGAAGCACGAGGCCGUGGAGGAGUACAAGGCUUCCGAAGAGCUUAUUGCGAUGCUAGCUGCUGCGCAAGACAAGGCUUUUGGAGACCUUUUAACUACUGGUAUACUAACAAUUUUAUCUCUGCAUUCAUAUGGAUCAGCACUUACUUAUUCUGAAAACACAAUUGGAAAGAUUGAUUUGCUUGAUAGACUGCUGCACAUAAAGAUUACAAAAUUUGGAAUUUAUAUAAGCGGUUCAAACAAGGGCCUUGUUGUGCCAGUUAUCCACAAUGCUGAUAAGAUGAAUUGUGGUGAGAUAGAGAAGGAGAUCAAUUCGCUUGCAAAGAAGGUAAAUGAGGGACGUCUUUCAAUUGAUGAUAUGGCUGGAGGUUCAUUUACAAUAUCCAAUGGUGAAUUUUAUGGAAGCCUUAUAAGUACCCCCAUCAUCAACCCUCAGGUCUGA